AUGGUUCAACCAACCCGCCCACCCGCCAACGCCUUUGUUGCUAUAGCACGGAAACUCUACAACCCGCUCGGAUUCGCCAAAGGCUACAACUUUGUGCUGCACUUUAUCUUCUUUGGCGCUCUCAUGGGGUUUACGCUUGCCCGCUUUCAAUAUCUCAGCUUCAGUACUUUUUGCGGUGAGGAUGGUGCAGCCCCAGGCGAAUGCUUCUACUACAGAAAACAUAUCGAAAAGAUUGGUAUAAAGCUUCACCUUGCUGGGAUCCUACCCGCCAGCUUUCUGGCUUGCUUCCAGUUUGUGCCGGUGAUUCGCCACAAAGCACUACUGUUUCACCGCGUCAGCGGCUAUGCCGUUAUCAUACUAUCCUUUGUCGGUACGGCGGGUAUAUUCAUGUUCCUGAGGAAUGCGUUUGGGGGUGGGAUAGAAACCCAAGCCGGCGUUGGUUUGAUGUCCAUCAUGUUCAUCGCCUCCAUCACCAUGGCGUACAUCAACAUCAAGAGGCUUCAGAUUGAGCAGCAUCGGGCUUGGAUGCUUCGAGCAUGGUUCUAUGCUGGCUCUAUUGUUACCCUCCGACUGAUUCAAAUCAUUGCCGCCAUGUGCAUCAGCGCCAUAGGCACGUACUAUGCAGCACGCCCCUGCGACCAAAUUGCAUUCAUGGUGGAAGACACAAACCGGACACUGGAGUUGUAUCCUGCCUGCGCCUCCUACUUCUCUGGUGAGAACCCAGCUCAACAAGCUGUGGUCCAUGCCGAUAUCCUCGACUCAACAUCCGCCGCCGAAGCAGGAGUUGCUAUCGCGCUACCCUUUGGCAUGGCCCUGUGGCUGGCGUUGGCUCUGCAUGCAAUUGGGGUUGAGCUUUAUUUGAGACUUACACCUGCUGAGACCGAGAGACUCCGCAACGUAUCUUACAAGAGGCAACUAGAGGCUGGUCUGACCCCCACUGGCAGGGCUGGCAUAACAGCCGACAGAAUCGGGGACUCGGAUAAAUGGCGACCCAAGCUAGAGCCAUCGGCAGUGCUUCAUGAGACAUCUGAAGACUACCCUAACUCGAAGAACAUACAACUUGCUACGCUUUAG